AUGAGCGAGAAGACGGAGAUCGGCGAAGGCAGCGACAAGGUCGAAGUGCCACCCAAUGCUGUCUCCUUUUUCGACCCCGCGCUAAGAUCCGUUCGACGUCAAGUGUUUAUGCAAUGGGGCCGUACAGUUCUCACACUUUGCGUCUUCAUCCUCUGUAUCCUGUCCCUAUACUGGGCCGUUCAGUUUCGUGUCGAGCAGAAUCUCCAUUCGUUAACGGUCUGGGUUGUCGACUUCGAUGGCAUGGUCGAUCCAUAUCGCGAUACGAAGCCAAUUGUGGGACCUGCAGUGACCGACGUGGCAGAGAAUCUAAUCCAAACCCCUGAAACCGGCCGAUUGGGAUAUACCAUAAAAUCUCCGGAUGAGUUUAACUAUGAUCCAUGGGCCGUGAGACAGGGUGUGUAUGAUGAGCAUGCCUAUGCUGCCAUCAUUGUCAAUGCGAAUGCAACUACCCUUCUUCACGAUGCGGUCAAAAACGGAAAUUCCUCGUACGAUCCCACCGGCGCCGCGCAAUUCGUUGUCAUCACUGCUCGUGACGAAACGACUUAUUCCAGUUAUAUCACACCGGGGUUGACAGCCUUCGCGAGCACAGUCCUGGCCGAAUUCGGACCACGCUGGGUACAAACCGUUGCCCAAGAAUCGCUAAAUAUUUCGAAUGUCCCGCAAGCGAUAAACCCGGCUAUUGGUUUCAACACUGUGGAUCUUAGGCCAUUUGGUCCGGCUGCUGCAACACCCUCUGUCACCAUCGGCUUGAUUUACCUCAUCAUCAUCGCUUUCUUCAAUUCCCCAUUCCUUAUGCCGAUUCAUGCGCAAUUCCUCAAGGGCAAUCACCCCCCGUUGAAGAUACCGCAGUGGCUGCUGUGGCGUGUGUGUUCCAACAUCACAGCCUAUUUCUUCCUGUCCCUGUUCUACUCUUUCGUGUCGUUAGCGUUCCAAAUUCCAUUCAGCAACUCUCCGGCACCAGAUACUGUUUCCGCUAGCAACCCAAAUGCCUAUGGACAUGGAUCCUUUGUGGUGUUCUGGAUGCUGAACUGGGUAGGAAUGAGUGCUCUCGGCUUUCCUCUCGAGAAUAUGGCAAUGGUGUUAGGAUUCCCUUGGAGCUCGCUGUUCCUUAUAUUCUGGGUCAUUAGUAACGUUGCAACCGGGUUCUAUGCGCUGGACCUCGCCCCAGGCUUCUUCCGAUGGGGCUACGCAUGGCCGUUGCAUCGCAUUGUCGAGGCGUUGCGUACCAUCCUCUUCGGGACACAUUCUCGCAUCGGUCUUGAUUUCGGCGUCCUUUUUGCGUGGAUCGGCGUAUCGAUUUUGUUUUUCCCCUUUGCCUCCUUCAUCAUGCGAUGGAAGAUGAAGCGGGGACUGUAA